UCAGCAAUGUAUGUUUAGGUCGACUGUGUGUUAGCUUUAGCCAUCCUAUGGGAAAUCCCAUUAUACAUUAGCAUCAAGCUAGCAGACUUCAACAUAAUGCGUCAGAUUAAUCUUUACUUUUAUGGAUUGAUUAUUGAUCUAUUAAGCUCAGAUCGAUUAAUCAAUUUUAUCAACCUAGCCCUAGAAAUUAUUUAUUUAUUCAUUUUUGGCCGAAAAUGCACUGAAUAAACAUCAAUCUCUAGUUUCAUGGAUGAAUCAUUGAACACUUUGUUUUGCAUUAAGUAGGAUGAAAAAAAACAUUAGUUAACUAAUGCAUUAAAUAAUACAAGUAAUAAUCCACAAAUGUGUAUUUUUAAAACAGUAUUCAAUAGUUAAAUAAUGCUUAAUUAUGUAAUAACUGCCUAUAAAUAAGAGUUACCUUAUUUGAUUUUCAAAAUGAGUGAACAUUCUUUUAUAUAAUAAAACAUCUGCUGGAUCUUCAGAGCCUAAAGGCUGCUGGUAAUGAUGAAUCUGUGGCUCUUUUCUUCAGUGUCCCACUGUCAAAGGCGGGGGCUGUCAGGAGGCAAAUUCAGGAGAUCAGAGUCUCAUUGACACAAGUUGAACCGACUUAUUGUCCAAACUGAAGCUAAUGAGCCGUAAAAAUGAAUUAGGGGAUGAAAAAAUGGGGAGGAAAUCAGAUGCGACAAACUGCAUUUAGGGAAAAUGAAAUGCGACACGAGGAUGUGAGUUGGAGUGUCUGCUUAAUGCAGAAUCCAAGAAUCGGAGUUGCUGCAAAACAAAGUGAGUAUGACAGAGGGGGAGCAGAAAGCUGAAAACUUAGCUAAACUGUUGGAGCGGAGCCACAGAUGAACUCACAAACACGACCGUGAGGUUGCCGCUUCACCCUUUGUAACUCUAAAUGUAACUGGUUUCUAGUCAGACAUCCGAGUCCCAGUCUUUGAAGUACGCCGCUGAACUAGCAGAGCCUUCAUAACAUGAUGCACUCUUUGUGUCUCCGCCUUCUACAAGCUGAACUUGUGUUCUGACCUCAAUGCAGUGGCUGCAAUCAAACACACAGAUCAAUAAAAUGUCACAGGAGCUGAGGACUCAGCAAACAGUCACUGUACACCUGAUACGUCAGACCAACAGACGCGUAAUGCUCAGCUGCACAACGACAAAGGGUACGAGCGGAUGGCUGAGGUGUCACAAGAGGAGAGACUCCAGGCCAUCGCUGAGAAACGGAAGAAGCAGACAGAGAUCGAGAACAAGAGGAGGCAGCUUGAUGACGAUCGACGGCAACUCCAGCAUCUGAAGUCCAAAGCCCUGAGGGAGCGCUGGUUGUUAGAUGGAGCUCCAGCAGAGGAGGAGAUGCAGAAACGCCUGCAUGAAGACGAAGUGAAGACCAAACUUCUGGAGCAGGUCAUAAUCAAACUGGAACAAGAAAUUGAAGAACUGGAGACCGGCGUGCCUGCCAAUAAAGGUGUGGCCAAAGAAAAUGGAGGUGAGAACGGAGUGGUGCAGACCUCCGGCCAGACACCCAAGAGAGACGUGACAGGGAUCGAAGCCAAGCUGCUGGGCCCCAACCCAGACCAGGCCAGCGCCGACAACCCGGUCACUCUGGUCUUCAUGGGCUACAAGACGGUGGAGGAGGAGCAGGAGAGCCGCGCCGCCCUGGGGAUGGAAGGGGUGGACGGCAACGUCAAGGCCGAGUUUGUAGUGAUCGAGGACGGGGAGGGAAAAGCAGGCGCAGACGCAGCCACGGCCGAGCAGGCCCCGCCCAACGGCAGCAUGGCGGAAAAAGAGAAGGCCGACGGAGGCGGGGAGGAGGCCAAGAAGGAGAAGAAACAGACCUGCAAGUGCUGCACGGUCAUGUGAGCGCCGUGCCAGGAUGCAUCUGUAUGCGUGAGAGCGCACCUGCACCCCUGCAGGCCUGUGUGCCGCCGCCGCCGCAUGAGUCUGUAUUUGCAGAUGUGUGUAACUUUUUUUGUGUUUGCGUGGAAGUGUUUGUCAGGACUGAAAAAUCAAGAACAGAAGUACAGUUCCACAGCCAAAAUACCAACGACGAGAGCCGGCGUGAGCUCCAGCUACAAGAACUUCGAGGACCCACAGUUACACUUUACUAGAGUUACUUUCUCUGAUAUGUAUUUGACCUUUCAUUUCUAUUGAUAUUUUUCUAUUUUUCUGUCUUGACAUUUAUAUUGUAUUCAGUAUGUAUGAUUUUAUUAUGAGACUGUGUACUGUAUGUUCAUUGUUAUUAUCGUUGGAACAAAGAAAACUCAUAGGCUCCCUGGAUUGUACUGCUUCCCAGCCGGGAAAAUCUGGAAAAACAAACCAAAACAUCCAACUAUUAAAAGAAAAAAAAUCAGAAACCUUAAAGUAUAUAAAUAUAUAUUUCUCUGUGUAGGCCUACCAACUAUUUAUCAGUCAAUUUCAUAUUGCAAUAUUGUCUAAGACAUUAUUUUGAAUAGUAUUUUAAUAUAUUGAUAUGAAAUUAUGUUUUAUACAAGGUAUUUAUUGUUUUUGGCUCUAUAAUCUCCCACCAUUAACUGCAUGUACGCUUGUAAGCACUACCAGAUUCACACUCAUAACAAGUGUCUGUGCUUUUGUGGACUCACACGUGCUCAUAUCUUUAGUCACACGAGUCGUCCUGUCCGUAAAAAUGAAUAUUAUUGCUGUGUUAGAGGAAUGCAUUAAAAAAAAAGAAAAAUGACAGCAGAAAUUUGCAUUAGUUUAAUGCUAGAUACCGUGUGGCCACAUGUACAUGAAGAUCACAGCUUUUUGUGUUUUUCUUUUUUGAAAUAUGAUGGAGACACUUUAACUGUUAGUUGCUCAUGCGCUCACACUACCGUUUGGUAAGAAAGUAGCUCUCCGCAUUGCAUGAAGCCCUGCAGCAGGUCUUUGUCGUGUGCAUAAACCCAGGGGUUAAAUUGGGAUAAAAUUUGUUCGGCUCACCAUUUUGUUAUUUCAUGCACCAAAUAAAAUUCAGUUUUACUGUAAUUUCACUGUGUUGUGCGACUGUUGGUUUUGUUCCCAGUUUAACCCCUGACUCUCUCUGUGUGUGUCUGUACACCUGGCCCCAAAUAUUUGCAAAAGACACAAAAUAAUUCAGCCACUUUUGUUUUUAUACAUAUCUUUGAGAAAAAUAAAAGAAACGUGUGAAGAAUGAAAAUGAAACCAAGAAAAAUAAGUUUGGGUUUAGGGGGCGGAGUCAAACACAAACUUGCAUCCCGAUUAGCGAUGUCCCAAAUUUAAUUGAAUUUUCAGCUUCCAUCAACAUAACAUAUUCAAAAUUUUUGACAUCUAAAGUUAUUGUCAAACAUAAUAAAGUAGACAUAAUUUUCAUAUUUAAUAGUACAGAUAAGUCUUAAAGUAGGGGAAAACUUUAUACACAAUAAUAAGUAAGUGAAGCAUGCUUGUAGUCUAUAAGAGCUUAAAGCCCGGAAUCAUAUUUCUUUAUAAGACACAAACGGAUAAGUCUGCAAAACCUCCAAUUAUAUUUCAGCUUCUCGUCUCACAUAUCAUUCAUUGACCAUCGCUUCAAAUGUCCAAACAUUGAAAUAAGAAAUCUUCCACAUAGAGGCUGCAUAAGAUCACCUGGGAGUUUAAUUCUGCAGCAUGAAAAUCAUUUUGCAACUAUAAACCUUUUCCCCCCAAAAGAGCCCUUUUCACAUUCCAAAAACAGAAGGUCAACAUGUGUGGACAGGUGACAUAUAGUUUGGGCUUUCCAGGUGUCCUGUCCAUUUCUGUGGUUUUAUGGCCUCUUCCAAAGGGCUGUGAUUGCAUUUAAUGUUUGCAUUAAAAAAAAGCAAAACAAACAAAAAAAAGGAUGUCUACAUCUGUGUAUUGUUGGUGCCUUCGUCAUUCAUCUGAAUUUAUGAGACCGUUUUUGCAUUUUUUGUGUGUGUUUUCUCUCUCAUGGUGACCCGCUGGAAACACUGCCUUCUUCUCUGAAGGAGCACUGAGCAAAAACAGGAGAAGUUUUUCACAGAUGUCCAAUCGGACUAAUGCUAGGAACAAUGCAAAAUAUAUUAAAUGUCUUUAAAAACAAACAUAUCCUGUUUUUUUCUUUUUUUUUAACCUUGUUUGUUUGUUGAACUGAAAUAUUCAGCCUUCAUACAAAUGCAAAAUUCAUACAGUCACAGCCAGAAGUUAAAAUUUUAUGUAUUUUUUAUGCAUUGAUAUUGAAGGAAUUGUGUGUAAAUCUUGGUGAGCUGAAGCUUCGCUUUGGAGUGAAGAAGUCUGAAGGACAGCAAGAGGAGAAAAAAAAAACAAAAAAACAAAUGCUCAACCAGUCUGUUCAACAGUUAUGUGGUCGCCUCGAUGCUGAACUGUAAAUAAAACUAUUGUUUGGUAACAGCAAGUCA